GGUGCGCUAGGUGGCGCUGUGAGCUGAUUGGCUAGAAUGUCGCGUUGGUUUCCCUUAACAGUAGAAGAGCUUCAACAAGGAAAUGAAAGAUGUCGAUUGUUUUUGUGCCUAAAAAGCUUCGCGGCGAGGCUAAAAUCAACCAAGAAACCAUACAAAGGCUUUUAGACGAAAACGACCAGUUAAUAAGAUGCAUCGCAGACUACUUGAAAAAGGGACGUGCUGUGGAGUGUGUCAAGUACCAACAGUUCCUGCACCGUAAUAUAGUCUACCUGGCAACCAUCGCAGAUGCCAGCCCCGCCGGCAGCACAUCAGGCAACACGUCACAGCCCACAACGUGAUCCCAGCUCAGCAUCAACGCAGACGAAGGAAGCUUAUUGUUGUGUUUUUUAUUUUCCACCACUCCAAAUGCGGAAACCUGGAACAUUCAUUCAUUUAUUUUGUUGUAAUUUAUUGAGUAUUGGCUCAAUAUUAUGAGGGAAAAAUGUUUUUGUCAUAACUAUUCAUCUUAUGAAAGUGUAAAAAAAAGUAUUAAAAUUAAGUUAUAAAAUCAUGAAUAUCAUAGAAUCACAUCUGUCACAAGUCUUGGUAGUAUCAUGUAAUAUUUAUUCUUGUAAAAAUAUUUUCUUCUAUGAUUUUUUUUCUCAUAUGAUAAAAGUCCAGAUGUAAUUUUAAAAAAUCUCUAACUUUAUUCUGGUUUUCACUCCUGUGAUAACAUUUUAU